AUGGAUGCUAUAGUCCAGGAGUUUCUUCUGUCUACCUUCAGCCCUUGUAGUGGUUCCAGAAUAGCAAUGGAAACUGUGUUUUAUAAUAAAGUAUUGUCCCAACUGCAAUGGGUUGGCUGCACUGACCAGCAGCACUUUCAGAAUUCCCAUUAUUUGAGAACAAAGCAUAUUAAGACAUCCUUCCCCAGCCUGGCACUUGCCAGAUGUUGGGACUGCAGUUCUCAUAAUCCUUUACCCAUUGUCAUGAUGGCUGGGGUUGAGGGCAGUUGGGAGUCUCAACAUUUGGAGCACCAGCCUGAGGAAGGCUACCUGAGGGAAAGCCUUUCCUUGAAAGCCAUGCCCAAAACAAUCCUAGUGCCACAUUUAUUUAUUUAUAUUGAUCAACACUUGGGCGGAGGGGCAGAAUGA